UUUCUCGCGGUCGAUGAUUGCCAUAUUUAGCACUUGUAUGAAGUAUAUAAAUAAGGGUUUGUUGGCGCAUCACUGCCAGUUCACGACGCGGCAUCGAAAGUGUGUUAUCAGUAAAAUAAAGAUCAUGAAGUUUUUCGCGCUAUUCGUCUGUCUGAUGACGAUCGCCAUGGUUGCCUAUGCAGAUACUAUUGUGGAUGUAGCUUUACAUGGAGGAGACCUAUCUGCCACGGAUUUGCAAGAAUGUUAUGACAGGGCAAAUCUGAUAGAAGCUGAUUUAAUUACAAAUGCAGAAAUAAAAGAUGGCUCUUAUAAGAAUCCAGAAAAUUCGGAAAAAGCGACGAAAAAUGGCUGCUUUACAUUAUGUAUAUUGGAAAAGCGAGGCUUAAUCGUCGAUUCGGUUAUUCAAAAGGACAAGUUGUACGGCAAAUCGGCACAUGCUCAAUUGAAUCAAGCCACUCAAGCAAAAAUAUACGCGACUGUAGAUCGUUGCAUUGAACAAGUUAAAACAAAAUCGGACAUGUGUGAUAAGUCCCUUGAUCUUCUUACAUGUCUUUGGAAAGACUUCAUCUAAUAUGACGAGAUUAUUAGUAAUAAAUAGAUUCCCAGAUAUGUUAGAAUAGCUUGACACUUCAAUUAUAUAAACAUGAUGUUCCCUUUAUAUUAAUAAAAAUUUAUUUAUAUUAUA